UGCAUCAGAAAAACGAGCUGGAGCAACAGAAGAAGCUGACUGCUGAUUGUUGUCUUUUGAUCGGACUGCUUUUGAUUGUUGGUGAACCUUUUUGCACAUUUUUGUCACCAAUAACAAAAGAAAGUCCAUCUGACCUCGACUAACAAUGAGGCCGAUGAUCGCUGCCCUCUGUGUGGCAGCCAUGUUGAUGGGACUCCAGCGGAGUGCUUCAUCCCCUGACAGCAUCGUAGACCGCUCAUCCAAAAACCUCUCCUCUGUCCCAAGAGACCUGCCGCAGACGACUGAGCUUUUAGACCUGUCAUGCAACCACAUACAGCACCUUCACCGGGGAGACUUCAAAAACACACCCCUCCUGAGGUUCCUCAACGUUUCCUGGAAUAGUUUGGAGGACAUCGAUCCAGAGACGUUCCUCGACACGCCACUUCUGGAGGAUCUAGACCUGUCACACAACAGACUGAGGAACCUGUCGGGUCAGCGGUACCUGCUCCACACAGAGAACCUUCUGGUACUGAAUUUAGUCUGCAACAACUUUCUCACAAUGACACUUGGCAGUGAGUUCAGAUCCCUGGUAAAACUGGAGAGAUUAGCUCUUGGAGCACAAAACAUCAGUAAGGGGGAUUUCCUGAAUAUUGCUGGAGUGAAACUGCAUACACUUACCCUUUCCCUGGAGAAUGAACAGGGUUAUACAGCAGAUAGCCUGCAGGAUGUCCAUGCUCAGAGGCUUCAGAUAGCCUUCAUUAGUUAUCAAAUAUUGAACCAUCAUCUGGUUUCUGAUGCACUGUCACUCUUUGAUGCCGUGGAGUUGAUGGAUUUGAAUGGUGGCUACAAUAACCUGAGUAAGCAGCUGAGCGAGAGAGUAGGAAUCCUCACAUCUCAUCUUUAUCUCACCAACAUAUCAAUCGACUGGAAGGACUUGACUUGCUUUGUAGGUGCGGUCCUGCGUACAUCAGUCAGUCAUCUGACGGCCUCUGAUGUGGCCCUGUACAACCUGCCUUUUAGCGACAAUGAAACGAUCCAGACGUCUAAAAUGAAGUCCUUCAGAGCCAUAAGGGCGGUGGUAAAGUCUUUCAUCUUUUCACAGGAAGCUGUUUAUGACUUUUUUAUCAACAUGCCGGUGGAGAGUUUAGCAAUCGUUGAGACUUCAAUCAUACACAUGACAUGCCCAAAGUAUCACAGUCCUAUCCUCCAGCUGGACUUCUCCAAUUGUGCCCUAUCCGACUCCAUCUUCUCCAGAGUGGAAGGUCAAAAAAGUCUUGAAUGUAAGAAUCUGGAUAGUGUGAGGAAAUUGAUUCUGGUAGACAACAAUUUCAGGAGCCUUCAGAUCCUGAGCAAACGGGUGCAAUUCAUGAAGUCACUGCAGCAUCUGGACCUCAGCAUCAACUCCCUGGUUUACGAUGGUCUCGGAGAAUGUGUCUGGCCACUAAGCAUCACCAAUAUGACUCUGUCGUCUAAUGGUCUGACAGCUUCCAUUUUUAAAUGUCUACCAAAAGGAACAGAGUCACUAGACCUCCAGAACAACCAGGUUUCUGUGAUACCAUCGUCCAUCUUGAAACUGGAAAAUCUUUCAUCUCUGAAUCUAAAUGCUAACAGGCUGCGGGACCUCCCAGUAUGCAACGGCUUCCCCCUGUUGAAUGAGCUUCUGCUCAAGUCAAAUUCCCUCCAUGCACCAACUAUGAACAAGCUGGAUAGCUGCCCCAAACUGAAGACCCUGGACGUCAGUUACAACCCCUUCACCUGCACCUGCGCUCUGAGGAGUUUCAUAAGUCUUGGCAUCAAGUCUGAAAAGAAAAGUCACACAGGAAUUCAAUUGUUGAGCUGGCCAUUGGGCUAUUACUGCACCUACCCAGAGGCCUUUAGAGACUGCGCCUUGAAAGACAUCACCAUCUCAGAGGUCUCCUGUAACAUCGGCCUCCUAGUUACCACCAUCUUGUGCCCAGCAGUGAUAGUGAUUAUCGCAGUUGUGAUCCUGUGCAAUCGUUUGGAUGCCCCCUGGUAUAUGCGCAUGAUCUGGCAGUGGACCAGAGCCAAACAUCGCGCCAGAAUGCGUCACGUUCGACCUGAAGAACUGGUGGGUGUCGAGUUUCAUGCUUUUGUGUCCUACAGCCAGCAUGACGCAGACUGGGUGCAGAAUUCCCUCCUCCCAAACCUUGAAGACACCGCAGGAGGGCUCCGAAUCUGUCGCCAUGAGAAAAACUUUGUGCCGGGAAAGACGAUCAUUGAGAACAUCAUCGCCUGUGUGGAGAAGAGCCGACGCUCCGUGUUUGUGCUCUCUGCUCACUUCGUCAAGAGCGAGUGGUGCCAUUAUGAGCUGUACUUCGCCAGCCACCAACGCCUCGCUUGGGGCACGGACAGCGUUGUGCUGGUACUGCUCGAGCCUCUGCCUCAGUACCUGAUCCCAUCCAAGUACUACCAGCUGAAGUGCAUGAUGGGCCGGCACACAUACUUGGAGUGGCCUCAGGACAGGGCCAAGCACAGGCUGUUCUGGGCUAACCUCAGGGCUGCACUACAGGCAGACCUGCCCAAUGCACCAGUGACAGAACUAGAGGAGUGAGUUCGGAAGGAAGACUUACAGAGGAAGAGAAAGUGUGAAGACGAUGUGUGAAUUAUACUGAAGUGAAAGUUGGAAAGAGGGUAGGAGUAAAAACGUGGGUGCUCUGGAGCGAAAAAGAAGUGUGAACAUUUUCUAGUAUUCUUUCUAAAACACAUAAGCAUACUUUCUUGAGCUAUAGUGUCCAAUUUCCAAUUGUGUACUAUGAGAUGAAGAUAAACUGACUGCUUGUAAGCUUGUAAGAUAGAAAUCAUUUGGCAAUUCUUUCAACCAUUUAGAGGACAUUUAAUGGAAACAUUUAUAUAAACUAACAUUUCAAGUUUGUAACAAAAACAAUAAACUUUACCGAAGAAUAUCAAAAAUGUGUCAUAACUGACUCCACAAAUGUCACAAUAUGAUUGAACCACUUCAAAUAUGGUUGUGCACAACUACACACGUACUAUGUUAACUUCAUGAGCACUGUAUAUUCAGAAAACCAGUAUUGUUACCAACUCUCUGAAAAGAGAGAUCUGCUUUUAAGGUAAGGAGAUGUAUUAUUUUAAGAGUUCAUAGAUGGAUGAUGAAGACAUGAGAGUUACAAAUGUGUCCUGUGUCCUAAAGUCAGUCCAGCUGCAUUAAAACGAUGCCUGGAAUAUCAACUAUGAAAAAAGGCUCAAAAGUCACAGGCCAGGUGUCAAGGAAGAGACUGGAUGAUCAUGAUCUUCUCGUUGAUGC